UUAGUCCAUCAGAUUCAACACAUACCUAUAUAUCAUCAACUCUCUCCGUCUCUCUCUCUCUCUCUCUCUCUUUCUUCUUGUCCUUGUCCAUCGUUAACAAUUCAACACAUAUAUCUCAAUCUUUCUUGGUAACAAAUUAAAGUUCAAACACAUACAAAUUAAUAAUAUGUCAAGAAGUGCUAGUAAUAUGAAAAUACCGUGGAAAGUGGUAUCUUGUAUUGUUAUUGUCUUGUUCUCUUCAAGCUUUCAGAUAUGUAAGGCUCAGGAUUACGACCCCGACUCACCGCCUGCGGUGUCCGCUCCUCCACCAGAGCAACAAGACUGCAAUGGCAUCUUCUUGUCAUAUGCAUUUGAGUCACGAGAGAAGGAGUACCCGCUCUUGACCAACGCCACCGCGCAAGCGUGGAAGUUCAAGGCCACGGCCACCAUUGUCAACACAGGCGCAGACGAGGUCAAGGCGUGGAAGAUAUUUAUUGGGUUUCAGCAUAAAGAGAUUUUGGUGUCGGCCACCGGGGUGUCUGUCGUUGACGGAGAGGGUUUUCCGGCACAAGUCGGGAAUGGGACGUACCUUGUAGGGUACCCGAAUCCGGAUUUGAAAACGGCCAUUGAUACUGCCGGGGACUUUAGUCAGAUUCAGGUGGUCUCGGAGAUAACAGGGACGCAGUUCGGGGUGAAGCCACCGGGCAUCCCGAUGCCUAAGACGAUAAAGCUGGUCAAUGAGGGGUACAAAUGUCCGGCAGCUACGCGUCAAGAAAACCAGAUGAUGAUUUGUUGUAAGAAGGAUCCAAAAUUCAAGGCCAAAAUUACCAAAACAAAAUUCAUGCCUCGCCAGUAUGGUGAUCUCUCCUUCACCUACGAUAUACUCCAAGCCUUCGAAGGCAAUUAUCAAGCUCAAGUAACCAUCGACAACAACAACCCGAUUGGCCGUCUCGAUCAUUGGAACUUGACUUGGGAAUGGAUGAGAGGAGAGUUCAUUCAACAAAUGAGAGGAGCCUACACUCACAAGAAGGACGCUACUGAAUGCAUCUACGGUGCUGCUGGAAAGUACUACAAAGACUUGGAUUUUUCUUCCAUCAUGAACUGUCAAAAAAAACCCACCAUCUCUGACCUCCCUGCUGAGAGAAAAGAGGACGAAAAGGUUGGAAAGUUACCAUAUUGCUGCAGAAAUGGGAGUCUUCUACCAACAACCAUGAAUGCAACCAAGGCAAGGUCAAUUUUCCAAUUAUCAGUGUUCAAAAUGCCGCCUGACUUGAAUAGGACCGCCUUUAAUCCGCCCCAGAAUUGGAAGAUCUCCGGUAUCCUUAAUCCGGACUACAAAUGUAGCGCACCGCUCAGGGUAGACCCGACAGAAUUCCCAGACACAAGUGGGCUUCCAGCUACAAGUUCAGCUAUUGCAAGUUGGCAAGUCACUUGCAACAUUACCAAACCUAAGGCUAAACAAAACAAGUGUUGUGUGUCCUACUCAGCAUAUUAUGCAGAUGCUGUCAUCCCUUGCAACACCUGCGCUUGUGGCUGCGAAAAUACAAAGCGUUGCAACCCCAAUGCGCGUCCAAUGCCUCUCCCUGCAGAUGCUCUUCUUGUGCCUUUCGACAACCGGACAAUCAAAGCCAAAGCUUUUGCAGCAAUUAAGCACCUUCCCGUCCCUAAAAAAUUGCCCUGUCCUGACAACUGUGGGGUUAGCAUUAACUGGCAUCUUGACACUGAUUUCACAAGUGGAUGGACGGCUAAAAUCACACUCUUCAACUGGGAUUCAUUCCCAUUUGAGGACUGGUUCUUGGCGAUCCAAAUGAAAAAGACUUAUGCUGGUUUUGAAAAUGUCUACUCCUUCAGAGGUAAAAAGUUGCCUGAAGUCAACAACACCAUCUUCAUGGAAGGCUUGCCAGGGUUGAACUAUCUAGUGGGGAUUACAAAUGGGACUAAUCCAAGGGACCCGAAAGUCCCUGGAAAGCAGCAAUCAGUGAUUUCAUUCCUGAAAAAGAAUACACCAGGCAUCAAUGUACAAGCAGGAGAUGGUUUUCCUACAAAAUUGUUCUUCAAUGGGGAAGAAUGUUCACUUCCUACACAGUUUCCCAAGUUUCCCAAUUGGGGUCAUCGCCCUCGUGUUAAUCUCCUGCUAGCCAUUUUCGUCACAAGCAUCACCACCUUUCUGCUAACAAUGGAUCGCUCUCAUUAACAUACAAUGUAUUCGAGGUUUUCAAAUCAAUUCCUUUUCUCCUCCAUCUUAAUUGUAGGGUAUUAGUUUUUCUGAAAUUUUAUCUUGUAUUUUGGUUGGUUAGGUUAUGUUUCUGUCUCAUCAAUUUGAGGCAAUGUUCUGUCUCAAACUCAGUUGGCACAGCAAAUUAUAUCAGUGGUUAUCGCAUUGGAGUGCAUAAUCAGCACGUUGAAAUGCUAAUUUUAAAAAUGAAAAAGUGAUGUAGAUAUGUAAUUCUUUCAAUU